AUGACCAAGUCAUCUUUGAGCGAUAAUAUGCAGGAUGAGCGGCUGAUUCAAGAGCUGCGUAACUACCAGCGUGCUCACCCAUCCAACAAGCGCUGUUUUGACUGCAAUGAGAUGAUGCCUCAAUAUAUCUGUCUGGACUUUAAUACAUUUGUGUGCACCGCCUGCAGUGGCAUCCAUCGAGAGUUUGCACACCGAGUCAAGUCUAUUUCCAUGUCCAAGUUUACGGAGAGUGAAGUCAAGAACAUGAUUAACCACGGUGGCAACGAGGCUGCACAAAAGCAUUGGAGAAGCAAACACGACCCUAGCUUUCGUCCAAAUGGAGGUAGCGACGGCGAGCGCACACGCAACUUUAUUCGUUUGACGUACAUUGACCGCAAGUGGGUAAACGAGUCGCCACGCCAUGCUAAGGAUGAAGGACCUGUACGAAAGUCGAAAAGCAGCAAGAAAAAAGAAAAGAACAGCAAAAGCGACGACAAUGUUUCAUCCAGCUUAAAAUCUGUGAAGCCUAUUACUGAAAGUGGGUUUGACGAUUUUUCUAACUUUAAAGGUAGUAGCAGAACAGCAGCUACGGUGCAGUCGUUUGGUGAUUUUGGUAACUUCGAUAGUCCAGCUCCUGAGCAGAAGACCGUUGAAGGUUUUGCAGAUUUUGGUGAUUUUGGCGAUUUUGGUGGAUCAAGUGCAGCUCAGAAGUCAAAAUCAAAGACACCUUCACCCUUGCCAGUGCCAAAGUUUGGCUCUUUUAAGAUUGCGCCACCACCUGGAUCGAACGUUUCUACGUACAGUGUCAAUACUGUCCCCGGUUCCGAGUAUCUUAUGGGUCUUAGUCCACCGACGCAAGCCGAUAGCCCGUUUGGGCUUGACGAUCCAGCACCAACGAUCGAAACAUCGAGCCAACCAUCCCCAGUAGUUUCAUCCCCGUUUGACUUUGAUGAUCCAACACCAGCUAGUUGUGCGGGAAGCUGCCCCGACUCGGCGUUUCUUGAUCUAUUCAGCAACAUGGCAGCCACAGUUCCGUCAACACCAGUAUCAGCUCCUCACAACAUUUUGCCUUUUGAUGCAUUCAGCGCUCCGAACGUGUCAUCGCAUUCGGUGUUUGAUGCGCUUACAGCUCCAUCGCCUGCAUCCACGACGAGCAGCAAUGUGUUUAAUGCAUUUGGUGGAGGUGAAGACGCUUUUGGAGAGCUUGCCGACUCCAAUAGCUCGUUGAGUGCAAACUUGGCCAACCCGGUUUUGGAUCCUUUUGCCAGUACACUCGAGAAACCUGAUUCCGUUGCUGCCACCGCUGAUCCAUUUGCAGCUUUUGACGGUAUGCAGCCGAGCAGUAGUGAAGUAUCGACUCUUGGCAGUGCAGCUCUCACAACCGAUAUUGAACCACCAAAGAGCUUUCCAGCGGGCAACUACGUCAGCCAGCAGCAAGCGGCAAUGAAGGAUCCGUUCGGAUUUGGAUGUGGUACAGGUAACAACAGCGGGAUUCCUGUAGCUCAGCAGCAACAACACCAUCCUGGUAGCUAUGUGACGAACCAACUGUUUGUUGGGUCUUUACAGCAGCAACAGCCUCAGAAUGCGUUUGGUCAUCAAGUGCAUCAGCACCAGAAUGCGUUCGUUUAUCAAAUGCAGCAGCAGCCAAUGCUAUCAUUUGUCCAAGGACAACCGCUACAGAACCAACAGCAACGGUACGGACGACAGCAAGGAUUUCCUGGGCAGCAGCACACCAUGCAAUUCUUCCCUCACCAAGCUAGUGGCACAUCUCCUGCACCGACCGCAGCAAAGACUUUGGCAUCCGCAUCUUCCAUCAAUGACCCUUUUGCCUCGCUAAACAUUGGCAACUUAGGAUUUGAUGGCUUUAGCGACACUACUGCAACCCGUACAAGUUCAGGUGGGGCUGCUCCCUCUUCCUCUUUCGCACCAGCAAACGAAUCCAGGACCAGUAGCUCUUUCAAGAAUGCCCCAACAUCUCCUGGAUCCAUCUCCUACGCACAGCCAAAAGCACUAGCGACUGCCUCGUUUCCGCUUUCUCAGCAGAAUACUGCCGCGUUUACAGAUCCCAAUGUGUUUGCCGACUUUGCGAGUGUACCAGCCCCAGCGCAGACAUCAGUCUCUCCGGCUAACCCUUUUGACAUGUUUUGA